AUGGGUUAUGAUCGUCAAAGAUCUCCGUUUGGAACACGACUUGUAUUAACAUGUUAUUGUUUAUUUCUAUUAGUAAAUGUCUUACUUCAUUCAAAUCAUUCAUAUAGAAUAAAAAAAGAUUUAUUCAAUUCAAAAUAUCAAUUUGAAAUAAUAUUAUUAGCUUUUAUAAGUUUAGUUAUUUUUUCAAUAAGUUUUUAUGGAUUAUGGUUUGCAAAAAUCUUUAUUCUUUGUUUUGUUGCUCUUUUUUUUUUUAUAUUAUUAUUAUCAUCAUUGAUAACACUUAUAUUACUAAUAAUUAAUAUUGAAAUAAUUAAUUCAAAUAAAUAUUUAUCAUUAAAAACAUCUUUUUAUAUUAUUCAUAAUUAUAUAUGGUUAACAAAAUCAUCAACACAUUUAUUAUCUAUAAUUAAUAUAAUAAUAAGUUGUUUAUUAAAUAUAUUUGCAUUAUUCUUGAUAUGUCAUUUAUGUUCAUCUAUUGAAUAUCAUCAUCAAUAUUGGCCUUAUAGAAAAACAACAUCAACAACAACACAAACAAUUAUUUAA